AACUGAAACCCAUCCCCUCUAAAACCCUAAAUUGAGACGACUUCCCUAACUCGAACCAGAGCAUUCAGGAGAAUUAGGGUUUAGCUCCUUCAACCUCUCUUUAGAUCGUCGUAACCUCUAAAUUUCACAAAUUUUAGUUAUUUUUAGCCGACUUCCAUGGCUUUAUCUCUGACAGCUUCUACGGAUUCCCAAAACCCCAGCUUUCUGAUGGGUCAAAACUACCAACUCUCUCUAAAACAAUCCAUGGAAGACCUUUUAGCUGAAACCCAAAAAGAAACUCCGAAUUUCUCUGGCUUCAUCGAAAAAUUCUACGGUUUAAUGCAAGCAAAGGUUGACCCACCUCUGGAAUCAAUUUGGGUUUACUCUGCUUUGUCGUUUCGAAGCCAUAGUUUCUCAAAGGAAGAUCAUUUGUGUCGAUUAUCAAUCAUAAAUGAUCUCUUUCAGUUAGUUUCUUCGUGUUCAAGUCCUUGUAAUUCUUCCAAAAGCAUAGCGUUGCUUGCACCCAUUGUUUUUGAGGUUUAUAAAUUAGUUGUGGAAGUACUAGGCAAGGACUCUGGUUCAAAGGGAGAGAAGAAGGUGAAUAAAAAGAUUAAGUCUGUAGUUGAAGUGAUCAUUGGUUAUAUAAGCAUGUGUUGCUGUAAGGGUUUCAGUGAGGAGAGUGAAGGUAUUGAUGUGGAUUUGGCAGUCCCUGUUGAGGAUUUGGCUUCAAUUUGGAUAGAUAGAAAUGCAAAUUUACAAUCUUUUUUGCCACUGGUCAGUCAUGAGGUUUGUGGAUUGAUUAGUGAAAGAGGGUUCGAUUUGAAUUACUUUGCUGGUGUGGUUAUGGUGGAGUCAUUUUUGUUGAAACUUUGCUUGGAUAUAAGGAUUGGGGACGAAGGCAUGGUGGUGUUGGAGAAUGAGCUGAGAAGUUGGGCUGUUGCUUCAAUUUCCAGCUUUCACAACUCUUAUUUCUUCGAAAUGCUUAUGAGGAUCUUACUGCAGCCGGCUUUGCCAGUGACUGCCUUGCUGGGACCUGAAGAAGUAAUUCUGCUGAGAAAUAUUCUAUUCGAUGUUAUUAUUUUGGUGGAGAACUCUUUCCUCAAGCCCGAGACAGUUCCCCUACCAACUGAGCAUGUAAAAAGUAUCGCGAUUACAAGAUUGGUUGUCACACUUGAGGCCAUUGAGUUAUUCAGAAAAAACAGGGAUAAAAAAAGAGCUACUCGCUAUAUGAGUGCUUUCACGAAUUCCGAUUUACCUUCUCAAAUAACCAAAUGGAUCUCGAGCCUGAACGGCAUGUUUGAAAAAGCAGGAGGAAUAAGUGGAUCCUCACCCAAAGCUCUUAUAAAGUCGUUACUGAAGCUUGAGAAACAAGGGAUAAAGCUAUUCAAUGAUAGCGUGUUGAAAUACCACGCAAAAUCACUCGUCGAUGAUUCCAUGGAAGUCGAUGAGCAAUUGGUAUCAAAGAAACUCAAGGAUGAUGAGCCUUCAUUUUACAUUGAUGACAAAGGAGAAGAGGAAGUAAAUGAAAUGAAAAAUGAAUCCAUGACAGCAGUAUAUGUGGCCGCUGCCCGUUCGAUGAGACCGAUUGAUAAGUCGAGGGAUAAAAGGAAAGGAAGUGGGGGUGAAGAGAAAGAGAAGAUUAAGUAUUUUAAGUAUGCCCUUCCAAGCAAAUCUAAAGCAAGGAAAGAGGCCUCUGUUCCAGGCUCGGGUUCGGACUCAGACUCGGGUGCCUCAAAGGAUGAUUUGAGCAGUGACAGUGAAGUUGAGAACCCUGUCAAGUAGGAUGAUUGGCAUAUGCCGAUGUCCAGACGACAACAACGAAAGAAAGAAGACGAACCAUUUGAUUUUAAGUUGGUUCAGAUAUUUUGAUUAUCGCUACCGGUUGAUAACAUAUUAAGCUGCCUUUGAAGUAUCUGUACUUCAUUUGUAUCAAUAUUUUGACGUUAAUAUCGAUACUUUUAAUCAUGUAUCGAAACUCUGAGACAUGUAUUGAUAC